AUGACGCUAACAUAUCUCUAUAGGGAUAACUCCUAUGUUGCCCUUAAGAUCCUUAGUGGUUAUUAUACAGACCUCGUCGAACGGGGUCGCGUUUGGGAACUCGAAGCUCUCGAGAAGGUAUCAUCGCCCCCGCCGAGUCCACAUUGCCUUCAGCUUAUGUCGCACUUCACCUUCCCUGGCAAAGGCAGCGCAGGACAGCACCUCUGCCUAGUCACCAAGGUUCUCGGUGGAGACGUAAAAUCGCUGUUCAUAAAGCACGGACACUUUCCUUUUCCUCUCGCUAAACGCAUCAUCCUACAUUUGCUUCAUGGAAUCGCCCACGCACACAGUCGCGGUGUCGUCCACACUGAUCUGAAGCACGACAACGUUUUUUUCGAUAUUCCGAUGUCCACCAGCGACUUCGACGAACUACUUACGUCCGACCCGCCCCGUCGACAUGAUCCCGAACUCUCUUACGAAGGGUUAGUAACGGUCGCGGUGUCUCAGCCGCUUCCGAUCCCCACUCUGCAGGAGGCCAUGCAGCGAACUUUCUUAGUGGCCGACUUUGGCAGUGCGCAGCCCGUCGAUGUCCAUGACCAAGAAGAAAUUUCUCCUAUAGCGCUUCGUGCUCCGGAAAUAAUCAUCGGAGGCCCGUGGAACGAAAAGGUGGAUAUAUGGUCGUUCGGAUGCUUGGUCUUUGAACUCAUCACCGGCCAUGCCCUCUUCAAAUAUGAUUUGCUCCCUAAAUUCGACUUUGACGGGUUUACCUACAUCCUCUAUCAGAUGAUAUGCUUCACAGGCGAAGACUUUGGAGCGCAACAGCUCACCGUCAGUCCAUUGGCUGACAAAUAUUUCGAUUCAACUUGUAAUCUCAGAGCCAACCAUCCACUCGUUGAUUAUCCUUUCGAGAUAUCCAUCAGGAGGCGCAAAGUUAUAGAAGAAGCGGAUGUUCUUUCCACCGCUGCUUUCAUGCGCAGAUGUUUACGUCUAGAUCCUGCACAGCGAGCCAGCGCCGCCGAGUUGCUUUCCGAUCCGUGGCUCAAUGGGGUUGAGUAG